AUGAAAAAACCCAAGGAGCCGUGUGAGUCCGGACCCAAGGAGCCGUGUGAGUCUGGACCCAAGGAGCCGUGUGAGUCUGGACCCAAGGAGCCGUGUGAGUCCGGACCCAAGGAGCUCUCUACCUUUGGCUGA